AUGACGACUGAGACUGCACUGCCGGCAGUGCUCGAAGCUUUGGAGACGGCAACUACGUCGGCUCAGCGACUUCUUCCCUCUGCAGAUUCGAUACGCCCUCCCAAGAAUGGCAUUUCCCUCUUCGACACCAAGAACGAGAUCUUUUUAUCCUACCUUCAAGCCUUGGCUCUGCGCAACCUGAACAUUAUACGAACUAUCAAAGCAGGCGGUAAUUUCGACGCGGCUCAGAAGAUCAGUGAUGAGAUUACGAAGAAGUUGGUCGAGCACAGAGUCUAUCUCGAGAAAGGUGUGAAACCGUUGGAGCAGAAGCUUAAGUAUCAGGUGGACAAGGCGGUGAAGACGGCUGAGGAUGCAGAGAGAGCUAUUGCGCAGAAAGAGAAGCAGGCUGCAGCAACGAACGGUCAUGCCAGGAAGAGCAGUGAUGGAGAUAGCGAGGAGUCUGGGGAAGAAGGUUCAGACGAAGAAAGCGACGGUGAUGCAGAGUCUGGCGCGGAGAUGAAUGAGAAUCAUGCACCACAAGUUGGGUCCAUGAUGAAAGCGAAGGGCGCAGCGGAUUCUGAGCGCCGCACUCGAAUCAAUGAGGAUGGCGUAUACCGACCGCCUCGUAUCUCUGCAACAGCCAUGCCCACCACGGAUAAACGGGAGAAGAAGGAACGCAGGCCUGGUAGAUCCGCAACAUUGGACGAGUAUGUCUCCACGGAGCUUUCGACAGCACCACUGGCGCAGCCCAGCAUUGGAAGCAACCUAGCAGCUGGAGGUCGACAGAGCAAGAGCGCUCGGCAGCUACGAGAAGAGGCAGAGCGACGGAACUACGAGGAGACGAACUUGGUGCGUCUACCAGCCAUGUCCAAGAAGGAGAUGGCAAGGAAAGGACUGGGCAAAGCACGGGAUGGCGGAUUUGGAGGUGAGGAGUGGAGAGGUCUUGGUGAGAGCUUGGAUCGCAUUGGCGAUCUAACAAAGAGAAAGGGCAAGGAUAGUGCACUGGAUAAGAGCCGCAAGCGCAGAGCUGUUGAGGACGGCCCACGUGGUGAUGGUAUCGGAAACAGCUUCGACAUCAAGAGGAGGCGUAUGCAGAAGAAGGGACAGAUCUAG